GAUGAUUAUUAUUUGGGCUUAGAAAAAACCAAAUUUGAAAGGAAUCGGUGUCUUGAAGCAAAAAAGAAACCGCAAGUUUAUGGAGAGAAGCAAUCCAAGGAAUUGUUUCCCAUUAAAAUACUUUUUGUCAAUUCAAUCUCUCUCUCUCUCUCACUUCUUUCAUCUCCCUUUCUAAAUCCAAUCCCUUUCCUUCACAGUUCCGAUCAUGAAGCAGUCCACCAUCGCCGGCUGGCUGAACAAUUACAACAACCUCAAAUCUAAUCCCGAAGCCCUAGAUUCCACCGACAUGCUCCUCGAAUUUCCCUACAAGCCCUGCGUUGACCUAAUUCGGAAUUGCGAUCUUCCGCCGCCGCAGAAGUUAUUCACGGCCUCCGACAAGGGGGCGAUGGCGGCUAGAGGUAGAGGUCGGGAAGAAGUGGAAACAGGGGGGAUGGAGGAGAAAUUGGAGCUGUUGAAGGCUCUGAGACUGUCGCAAACGAGGGCGAGAGAGGCGGAGAGAAAGGCGGCGAAAUUGAUGGAGGAAAGGGAUUGUAUAAGUAGGGCUUUUGAAGAUGAGGCGAGAUUGAUCUUCUGUUACCGACAGUCGCUGAAAUUGAUGGAGCUCAGAGUUUCCAAGUUGAAGAAGAGGAAAGAAGAAGAAGAAGACAAUGGCAAUGGCAAUCGAGGAGUGAAAUGGGUUUGGGCUUUGGCAAUCUGCUUGAGUGUUGUGGGAGUCGGCAUUCUCUUGGGCUAUACUUGUAGCAAUGUUGGUGAAGACCCAUUUGUUGUCAACACCUGAAUGUAUUUACCAUUUUACCCUUUUCAUUAACUUUUAUAAUUUAUUUUUCUAA